AUGUGGACUUAUAUUACACCAAAAAUAUCAUUUUAGUGCCUUGGUUCUUCUCUCUCUCCAUCUCCAUCUCUCUUUCUUCAAUGCUCUCUUUCUCUCUCUAAGAAACCAUUUUUUCUUCUUCUUCUUCUUCUUCUUCUUCUGCCAAGCAAACCCAUCGAAAGUUUGAGUAGAUCGGAUAUAAACUGGUGAUGAUAAAGAAGAUGUGGUGUUAUGCUGGGAAGCGAAGAGGCAGAUAGAUAGUAACAGUGGAAGAGAAUCAAAUGUUCUUAUCCACUGAGAACCCACCACAUGACCACCCACUUCCUUCUUCUCCCAGUUUCGUACAUCUCACCUCUACCUCUUCCCAUGAAUUAGCUCAGUCCCAUCCCCACAGUUUCUCCAUCAGAGAUUACGCAUAUAGUAACCGGAAGAACAACAUCAACAACAACUGGCCCUUUUCUCCCAAAAGUCUCCAACUUCUUUCAACUCAUGGAGUGACUGAUCCUUUGCCACCGUUUCAGAUCACGGUUAGUUCAUCGUCAGGGAAGCAGAUUGUAUCCCAUGUCCAACGAGGAAGAGAUUUAGCUAAACUUAGGCUCAACCAGACAAUAGCAAAGACUAGACAAGGAGAUUGUAGCCAGUCUAAGAUCGUCAAGAAUGGUUUGUUCAGGAGCACAAGUGUUUCCAAGUCUAAGGAAGAGAUAGUACUAGUAGCUGCUACAAGUAAUAACCACCACAAGAGUAAAACGUGUGGACGAGGAGGAGGAGGAGGAAUGGUGAAAUCCAAAGAAGCCACUAGUUGUGUUGGGAUCGAAUCAAUCAUGGCUUCAAAAACAUGUCCUAUUUGCAAAACCUUCUCAUCAGCUUCCAACACUACUUUGAAUGCUCACAUCGAUCAGUGUAUAUCCGUAGACUCACCGGUUAUUAGCAAGCCAAACAAGCCUAGAGUUAACCAGCCUCUAUCUGUUGAUUCAGCGGUGCCAUUGGUUACUAGUAAGCCAAGCAAGCCUAGAGGUAAGCCACUGAUGAAAGUGAAAACAAUGGUUGAUAUCUACGCUACUGCUAAAGAAUGCACAUUAGAAGAGCUUGAUAAAAGAAAUGGAACAAAUUGGGCUGUGAUCUCGAGCUACACGAAUAGGGUUGUUGCUGAUAAGUCUGAAGUGUCCAAGAAGCGGAAAGUUGCUCCUGUCGGUGUUGGUCCUGUUUAUGUUGAUGCCAAGGGACAAAAACUGCGGAUAAUAACAGAGUUCAGCGAGAAGAAGACUUCUUCUACUACUAGAUGGAGAGAGCAGCAAGAGGAUGGCAGUAAUGAAAAGAAAAGUUCAAGCCAAGGUAGUAAAGAAAAUAGUAAAAGCUCAAGGAAGAGACGUCAGGGAAAGAAACAUCGUAAGUAUCUUAAACUAAACAACAGUCACAAAACCAACGAGUCAGAGCAGGCACCGGAGUGUCAAAGAGGGGUUUCUGGAGAAGGUAGCAGCACGGGUCAUCGUAGAAUCUUUAAUCAGCGGAUGUUAGCAACACGUGUUUCAGUUUCGAAGAAGCUAAAUGAGAAAGGAGAUAAAGUUUAUGCGUUGCAGGAUCAGCCAUCUGAGGAUGAUGAUGAUGAUGAUUCAUGGUCAGGAGGAGAUCAUGUUGUGCUGCGAGGUACUGCUUUGUCUGCUUUAGAUAAACAGAAGCUGCGGGGAGAAGUGUCUGGAAGGAAUAAGACUAUGUUUGGGAGUAAAAGGGCUCAAAGAGUUCGGAUGAGCGAGAAGGAGGAGACAUCACUUGCAGGAGCUCAUCUAAACACUGUCAGGUUGAAGAAGAGCCUUAGUUCGAUUCAAGAAGAUAAGCAUCCACCCGGAAAGAAUGUCAGAGAGGUGACAGAUGCGUCUCCUCGUGCAACUAGUCUGAGAAAGCUGUUGCCACCAUUUGUAGCAAAUGGCUGGAGACGAUUAUCUCUGCCUGUGGAACUAAAGAGAGCUCGGUUGGAUUUGUCAGAUGAAGAAGAAGAAGAAACUGGGAGAUGGGAAUCUGAAAUGACACAAGAACGUGAACUAUCAGAUGAUGAUUAUGUUUCCGGUGAUAAUGGAGAAAGAAAUGAGGUCGUACACAGAUCAAAUCCCUUAACAUUUAGUGGUUACAAUGAAUAUGAAUAUGAAGAUGAUGAUGACGAAGAAAGUAGCGAAGAGGAGGAAGGAGCCAAUGUGUUGGACAAAACAGAUGAGUUCUACCAGUCAGAUACUCCACCAUCUAAUGAAACCAUACCUAGCGAGAGAGCUUAUUUGUAUAACUCUGAAGGAGUUGAGAAUAUGGUUUACGAGGAGGACGAUGAUGUGAGGUUUGUUUCUGAGGUGGGAAAGGGAAGCUUAUACGUAGAGGUUGAUACCAUUCCCAUUCCAGGACCUCCUGGAUCAUUCAUACCGAGUCCCCGGGGUAUGAGUUAUGACGAGCAUCUUGGAAACUCGUCGGUUAUCACAAGCCAGCUCCAGUCUUCCAUGGAUCAGCUUGACAGACACUCUUCUGAAUCACCUGUUUCUGCUUUUUCAAACUUUGCAGCUGCUAGAUUGAGUUUUCCAACAGAGCUAUUCUCCAUGGACGUUCCUUCUUCCUACUCCACAACCCCAGUGAGCUUUUCUGUUCCAUCUCAUCCUGAGAAGAUGGCUGUUGACAAGGCAAUAACACCUCCGAGCUUUAGAAACAAUGAUGGUGAGCCUUGUUGUUGCCAAAGAAAAGAGAGAAUCUCCGAGGGCGUUACUUUGAAUCACCAACCAUCUCAUCUACUGCAGCGAAGAGACGCAGCUUCUUCUUCUUCAAUGGCCAUGAACCUAACCAAACCGCUCACAUGUUUGGAUCCAAAUCAUCCUUUUGAGCAGUCACCACCAUACAUGAUCCAACAAGAGUUUGAUCUUCAUAGUAAAUUCUCAAACAAGGGGAAUGUCAAUGGCGCUGUUGUGGUGCCUCCUAGUCCUUCAAACUCGGUUCUGCGGUUAAUGGGAAAAGACUUGAUGGUCAUGAACCAAGGAGAAGCAUCUCUGGCUAGCUUAAAACCAACCCCACAGUUUCUUGAUCCUCCUCCACUAUCUACUGGAGCCGGCUUAUACUUAAACACAGGUCUCUAUUUAAGGAACAGUUUGGAGCCAAAACAUCAAACACAGACACAAGCUUCAGCAUUCAGAAACAGUUUUGAUCAUGUGAGGUACUUUUCUCAAAGCUAGUCAACUUAAAAGUUUCGAUCUUUAUGAAGUUUAAGAAGAAAUUGAGAAGUGGGUUCUCUUUGAAUACGGAUCCUAGAAGCAUUGGGUUUUAAGGUAGGUGUUCUACGGCUUCCAUGCUUUAUCUCUUUCUGCAGAGACUGUUGUUGUGUAGUAAAAAAAAAAAAAAAGCUAAGACUUGAAAAUAACACUAUGUAGAGAUAAGUAACUUUACGCUUUCAGUUGCUACCAAGUACCAAAGUUGUCUAAAAGCUUCAGAAAGUUUAAAAACAAACUUUUACUUUA